UUCAGGAUCCACCUUAACCCGCAGAGCUGUUCCUGUGAGCCACGGAUCAGAGCCGCAGCCUGAACACGGACCCGCUCACACUUCGGUUUCCUGACAGAUCCACGCUGCUUUCUGCGGCUCAACAUGAAUUUGUCUGAAGCUAAAUCGGAACUGAAGCAUCUGCUGAGUAGAGUGAGUCCGUCCGAGCUCCCGAAACUCCUGGACUGGAUCAGAAACUCAGACGAGCUGGAUGACCUGCUGGUGGACAACAGGAAGGUGAUGCUGCAGAGCAUCGCAGAUGACCUGAGAGCCAGUCUGCCUCUGGACGCCAUGUUACCCUCUGAGACCGCCGCCCACCACAAGAUGCAGCAGCGGUCGCAGCCGACGGUUCACGUGGACAGUUUCCUGUAUGAUGACGAGCAGGUGGACUCUCUGUGUGAGGAGGGGACCAUGAGCCGGAGCUACUGCCUCAGCUGUGGCUCCUACAGGACGGCACCUCUGGACUUCCUCUCUCACUCCUUCUCAGUGUCCGAGCUUCAGUUUCUGUUCCAGAACGUUCUUCCAGACCUGAGCGGUCGCACGCUGGUGGAUGUCGGAUCCAGACUGGGAGCUGUGCUCUACGGGGGUUACGUGUACAGCUCGGCCUCUCGCCUGCUCGGCCUGGAGCUCAGUGAGGAGUUUGUCCAGCUGCAGAACAACAUGCUGCAGAAGUACAGACUGAACGACAGAGUUAAGGUUCUCCAUGCUGACGUCUGCACGCAGGAUGUUCUGCUGCAGAACACCGAUGUUCUGGUCAUGAACAACGUCUUCGAGUUCUUCAUGGAGCCCAGCGAGCAAGUCAGAGCGUGGAGGUUCAUCAUGCAGAACUUCAGAAAGACAGGAUCUCUGUUGGUGACUGUUCCCAGUCUUCAGGAGAGUCUGGACGCUCUGCAGGAGGCGCUGCGGUCCGGCUGGGUGGAGGAACUUCCCGUGGAUUACAACGUUUACUUGGGCAGAGACACAGACCCCGACGCCCUCAGACAGAUCCACCUGUACAGGGUCAUGUGAACUGGUCUGGACUUUUCUGGACUGGACCAAUUUUAGCUGGUCUGAACUGGUCUGGACCCAUUUGAUUCCUGAUCUGGUUUGAACUGGUCUGGACUGUUCUGGUCUGGUUUGAACUGGUCCGGACUGUUCUGGUCUGCUGACAGUGAAGGACAGUAUAAUAAAACACAGCUGGAUUUUAAAGCCACAAGUAAAGAUUAUUUUUAUUAUAUUUAAUUGAUCUGAUUGAUCGUGAAAUAGUGGAAAAACAGGGAAAUCUUCAUAUUUGAGAGGCUGAAAACACCUUUUUUAAUUUGAUUGAUAAAAAUCACUGAAAUGAUGAACUGGUUAUUAAAACUAAUGGUUGCAGAUCAGAUCUGUAAUAAUAUAAUUUAUGUCCUUAAAGGAAGAGUGAAGAGGAAAUGUUUCUAUCUGUUAUUUACUUAUUACAUGUUUAUAUGUGAGUAAAGUGU